GGAAGGGGAGGGGACAUGGCGCGGUUACCUGGGCUCGGGCGGUGGCGAGGAGAGUCCGCUCUCCCGCCGCUGCUGGUCCGCGGACGCGCCGGGCCCGUCGCUUUCCCCGGCGGCCCGGAGAGCUCCUCGGCCCCCGCCCCGAGGCGUCCCGGCCAGGCCGCCCCUCCUCAGCGCCGCGCCGCUGCCCGCGCGCGCCGGACCGCCUCGAGCUCCCGGGCCGCCCCGCGGCGGGGGGCCUCUCUUGCUGGGCGCCUGGCUCCCCUCACCCGCUCCCACCCCCUGGGCGGCCGCGGAGCCGAGGGGAGGGCGGGAAGGGCCUCCCGAGGAGAGCAGGAGGGCGCCAACGCAGGCUCCGCCACCCGAGCCGCUCCGUUACCGCAGCAGCGACGACGACCAGGGCCGUGUUGUUGCUGCCAACUUGUCGAGAACACACUGAGCAUGCGCGCGCGGGGACCACAUCCGGGUAAUUUCAGGGUUUGGCCCUUUUCCCCCGCAGCUUUCAUUCUCCCGGCUGUCGCCGCCUCCCGCCCCAAGUGACGGCGAGAGUCGCUCUGCGCAGGCGCCUGCAGGGCAGCGCCAGCCGAGGGGCGGCUCUGAAUCCCGGUCUGGGCCUGGGCCUGGGCCUCCCCGCGGGCAGAGGCGAAGGCCUGCUUGAGGGAGUGGUCGCCGGGAAAAUUGGCAUCUCUUGGCAAAAAAGUUUCCAAGGAGCGCGGGAGAGCUCGGCGUAGAGUGGGCGUCCAGUAAGUGUUUAUAAAUAGCUAUUAGCCCGGCUUUUGUUGUGUAUUUGUUUUGUUCUGUGUGGAGGACCUGCGUAGGCACAAAAAUUGGCCUUCAACCACCGGUCGACAGCUCUGGGGAGAAGGUGGCUAGGUUGUAGGAGUUCACUUAGGGAAGAAACAGACGCUGGCCGCGCCUUCCUUCCCUUUCUGGCAACCCCAAAUCACGAGCCGCAGAGGUGUUUGAACUCCAGAGACGCACAGAACAGUCAAGGAAUCACAUAUUGAAGAGCCUUGCCAGGCGUUGCCAAGUGUGAGUGGAUUUUGUUGGAAGCGAUGUAGGUGCACUCUCUGCUGGAGGGGAACUUCCAAUCCUACGACACGCCAGUUAACUAGGUUACCUGUUUGGUGGGGGAAGGCACAGGCUCUGCUUUUGACUUUAUGCUUCUUUUAUUUCAUAUUUUUUACAAGACGCAUGCAUUUCUUUUUCAUUUAAAACACAUUAAUGAUUUAUUUUCACCAACCAGGAACUACUUUGGAACUACUUUUAGUCCCUCCAAAACUAAUGAUUAGCCAGUUCUAAAGUCAUUUCUUAGGUCAUGUCGCCCAGAAACUCUCUACAUCCACCGCACGCCUUCACCACUCAUACUCAGUGCUUCAUUCUAUCCUCCACAUCACUGCCUGGGCCAGUCCCUCUUUUACCAGAAAGCUCCUUAAGCUCCAAACUGGUGUUCUCUUACUCCUGGGCUUUAUGAAGACCAGUUUUAAGGGAAUUCAUUUCCACAUCUUCCACUGCUGUAUGUUCUAUUUUCGAAAAUUGCCCAGCUUAAGAAAGGAGCUGAGGACACAGCAUCCCCUUUCAAAACUGUCCUCCCACCUUACAAAAGAAAGUCAAAAUUCUCACCCAUACUAAUGUGCAUUGGAUCAAUGCAGUACUUCCCCAGCAAUCCAAAAGGGACAAUUCAAAAAUCGGUAUCUAUGCUGAGAAAGUAAAUGACUUUAGUGAAUGGAUAUUAAAUUAUUUUUCAGGUCAGAUAGUUUUCAAAUCUUUUCUGUCAACGAAACUGAAGGAAGAUCUGUCAGCUGAUAGAUUACAAAACAUGAUUUGGUAAUAGAUCAAUAUGUGAUUCUUAGGUAAUAUACCUCAGAAGAAGGUUUUUAAAAAUUAACACAUAGUUAUAACUAAACUUCUUCCAUUCCAUCUGUAUUAGUUACCUAUUGCUGUAUAACAAUAUCACCACAAAUAUAGAAGCUUGAAACAACAAACAUUUAUGGUAUUACAGUUUCUCUGGGUCAGGAGUCCAGGCAUGGCUCAGCUGGGUCCUCUACAAAGUGAGGCUGGAACAAAGGAUCUGCUUCCAAGCUCAUGUGGUUGUUGGCACCAUUCAGUUCCUUGCAUGCUGCAGGACUGAGGGCCUCGGUCCCUUGCAGGCUGUUGGCUGGAGACCCCCUCUGUUCCUUGCCAUGUGGUCCUCUCCAUAGGGAAGCUAACAAUAUGGUAGCUUGCUUCUUCAAAGCCAGCAACGGGGAGAGUCUCAGCAAGACACUGGUUUCAAUCUUAUGUAACAUCAUCAUAUACACAGUGUCACUCAUACUCUGUCACCUUUGCCAUACAUUGCUGGCCAGAAGCAAAUCACAGGCGCCACCUACACUGAAGGGGAAGGAAACACAAAAGCUUGAACACUAGGAGGCGGGGAUCAUUUGGGGCCUGUUCAGACUCUACCACACCAUCUAUUUAUUUAUGCAGAUGAUAUUCCCUAUAAGUUCAACCUCUUCUCAGAAUUUCCCUUCAGGUUCCCUUCACCUUUUUACUUAAGGGAAACCCAACUUUGCCCUGGGACACUGCUCUUUCUUCUACCUAUCAAGUAGUGGCAACGGUGUUUUCAACCUUCAGCCUCUUAGUGCCUGGAGGUGAGGUAGGUUUCCUUCUUGCUUCUCAACAUUGCUUCCAGGCCGUCCCCCUCCUCCUCUAAACCAGCAGCUUUAAAUCUUGCUAUCCAAUACCUCUGUCGCUGACCUUACCCCACUUCAUCUCUGCAGAAUUUGCUCCUGUCAGUCACUCCAAUGCCACUUCUGUCCUAGUGCUAGGUGGUUAUAAGAUCUUCCCAGUACUCUGGCCUCUCAGUUCCUUUUAUUCUUCAAGGAUUUUCUCUCAUUGCUUCAGUUUUAUGAUCUUACAGUUUCUCUGGGUCAAGAGUCCGGGCAUCACUUGGCUGUGUCCUCUACAACGUGAGGCUGGGAUGAGGAUCUGCUUCCAAGCUCAUGUGGUUGUUGGCAGCAUUCAGUUCCUCGCAGGCCUCAGGACUGAUGGCCUCAGUCCCUUGCUGGCUGUUGGCUGGAGACCCCCACUGUUCACCAUUAACUUCAGGUCACUUGUCCCUGUGAUGAAGUUCACAGCAGAGCUGGAAUUUGAACUCUCUGCCCACAAUGUGUGGCAUGGUGCCACCCUGCAACCCAAAUAGCUCUACCCUGAAGCCAGGGCUGGGAGGGCCUCCUGAUCAGAUGCUCAGAGCAGCGUUUCUCCUACUUUAUAACAUGCACACAGAUCACUUGGAGAGCAUGUUAAAAAGUCCAUCCUGAUUCCUUGGAUCUGAGGGUGGGCUGGAGACUCUCCAUUUUUAAUAAGCUCUCAAGUGAGGCCAAUACUGCUGGUUCCAGAGGCAGAGUCCUAGACUCCAGGGUCUAGACCUAUGUAGGGCCUAAAAUCCAAAAUGUAUUGGGAAGGGGAAUAAUGGAACACUAAAUUAUUUAGGAGACAGUUCACAGUCAUGAUUAUACCCACCUAAAAUGCUUUUUGAUAAAAGCUGAAUUUUCAGACAUCAUUUCCAUUGAAUAAACAUGUAGAGUGAC